CGGCCGUCGGCCCCCGAGGAGACGCCUCCCCCGGCCCCUCGGGGGGGCGGCCGCCGAGCGGGGCUGCGGUGGACGGUGACGAGGGGCCCCCCAGCCGCCGGCGUGGCGGGGAGAGCCAGCCCCGCAGCCCGGGCGGCGCCGGGGGAGAUGGCAGCGGGAAAGAAGGCGAAUUCCUCGGGAAACCACUUCGUCCUCGUUAGCAAAGAGGAGACAAAACCCGCCGGGCCGGCAGCCCCCAGGCUGGGAGCCCACCCUGCGGGGAACGUCGCACAGAGCCGGGAGAAGAGCAAAGAGCAGCAGCUUGAUAAGGAAAACAGCGACGGGGGCCGUAACGCCAUCGACGGGGGCCAUAACGCCAUCGACGGUGCCCGUGCCACCAACAACAACAACGGUGCCCAUAAUGCCAUCGAUGGUGCCCGUGCCACCAGUGCCAUCGACGGGGGACAUAAUGCCAUCAAUGGUGCCCAUGCCACCAACACCAUCAACGGUGCCCAUAGAGCCAUUGACGGUGCCCAUGCCACCAAUGCCAUCGACAGGGGCCAUAACAUCAUCGAUGGUGCCCAUGCCACUAACGCUACCAACGGUGCCCCUGCUGCCAACGCCAUCGAUGGUGCCCCUGCUGCCAACGCCAUCGAUGGUGCCCCUGCUGCCAACACCAUCGACGGUGCCCAUGCUGCCAACACCAUCGACAGUGCCCGCAUCGCCAAUGCCAUUGACGGUGCCCAUGCUACCAACACCAUCAAUGGUGCUCAUAUCACCAACACCAUCAACGGUGCCCAUAACGCCAUCGAUGAUGCCCUUACUGUCAACACCAUCAUGGGGGCUGCGGUGCCGGGUGGCCAGGGCCAGAUGCUGGGGGUGACACCAGGAGCAGCUCCCGGGGUUCCUGCCACCAUCGAGGAGCGGGCAGGCAGCCACAGCCCGGGGACACACAGGGUCUUGUCCCUGGAUGUGACACUUGCCCCCCGAGACCCCCAAGCUCCCGGCCAGUUUGGGCACCCCGUUGCUGUCCCUGACGAUAAGCAAGAAGAAGCAAAAAGCAGGUGGAAAGAAGGGAACUUUAACGUCUACCUCAGCGACCUGAUCCCCGUAGACAGAGCCAUCGCGGACACCAGGCCUGCCGGGUGCUCCCAGCAGCGGGUCCACGACGACCUCCCCACCACCACCAUCAUCAUGUGCUUCGUGGAUGAAGUGUGGUCCACCCUCCUCCGCUCCGUCCACAGCGUCCUCGGCCGGUCCCCUCCCCACCUGAUCGAAGAAGUCAUUUUGGUGGACGACUGCAGCACAAAAGAGUACCUGAAGGAGAAGCUGGACAGAUACAUGUCGCGGUUCCCCAAGGUGAAGAUCCUCCAUCUCAAGGAGAGGCACGGUCUGAUACGGGCCAGGCUGGCAGGAGCAGAGAUCGCCAAAGGCACCGUCCUGACCUUCCUGGACUCGCACGUGGAGUGCAACGUGGGGUGGCUGGAGCCGCUGCUGGAGAGGGUCCACCUGAGCCGGACCAAGGUCGCCUGCCCCGUCAUCGAGGUCAUCAGUGACAAGGACAUGAGCUACAUGACCGUGGACAACUUUCAGCGUGGGAUUUUCACUUGGCCAAUGAAUUUUGGAUGGAGGCAGAUUCCGCAAGAGGUCGUCGAGAAAAACAAAAUUAAGGAGACUGAUAUAAUAAGGUGCCCGGUCAUGGCAGGUGGCCUCUUCUCCAUCGAUAAGAAGUACUUUUUUGAGCUGGGAGCCUACGACCCAGGACUGGAUGUUUGGGGAGGUGAAAAUAUGGAGAUUUCAUUCAAGGUCUGGAUGUGUGGGGGAGAGAUCGAGAUCGUUCCCUGCUCCAGAGUCGGGCACAUUUUCAGGAACGACAAUCCUUACUCCUUCCCAAAAGACCGGGUGAGGACGGUGGAGAGGAACUUGGCCCGUGUCGCGGAGGUCUGGCUGGACGAGUACAAGGAGUUAUUCUACGGCCACGCUUACCACUUGGUCUUAAAAAAACUGGAUGUGGGCAACCUGACUCAACAAAUCCAACUGCGGAAGAAGCUUCAGUGCAAAAGUUUCCGGUGGUACCUGGAGAACGUCUACCCGGACCUGGAAGCUCCCCUGGUGAAAGCCAGUGGGCUGCUUGUUAACAUAGCCACGGCGAGAUGCAUCACUGUGCACAACACCACCCUGGCUUCUGAAGCGUGUGAUGUUAACAGCAAGGACCAGAAGUUCAACUACACCUGGCUGCGGCUGAUCCAGCACAGGGAGCUCUGCCUCGCUCUGACCAGCACCGCAGGAGCUCUGGGGCUACAACGCUGCCAGGGAGGGAGCCACAGCCCCACCUGGCUCCACAAGUCACUGGCCACCACCCAGCCAGACCUGACGGAGCACAUCGUCUGGGAGCACCUCCAGCAGCCGGCGUGCUUGGAAGUGGAUCCCUCGCACGGGGCCCCGAGGGUGACCGCCUGCGACUCCGCAAAUCCUUAUCAAAAGUGGCAGUUUGGCAAUUACCACGCAGACUGAAGGGGGCUCAGCUGAACCAGAAAGGCCGGGCUUUCAUCUCACGCGUUCCGCAAGGGCAGCCCUGCCACUUGUGACAGCAGUUAGAAAACUGGAAGUUCCUUUCCAAAUGGUGACUGAAAUCUGUGAUUUAACCCAGCGUAUCGAGAGAAUACCAAGAGCAGCACAUCUGGUUUCAAGAUGUCUGAAACAGGUAGGCGUGUUUUUCCCUCACUGUGGAAGACUUUGGCAAAAACUCAAAAAUUUUUCUGUAUUAUUAAAUGGAAAUAUUUUCUGAAGUCUCCCAUCCUACCGUAAACAAACCUUCAUCAGUCCCCCCCCGGACAACAGCAGAAGCUACAGAAAUACUUGCAGGGCUCUCUAGUCUAUAACCAGCAAAUUGGGCUGCUUAUUCUUCCCCAGCCUGAGAAAAUGGAUGUUUAUUGACCAGCGCAUUAAAAAAAUCCAUCCGACAUGCCCGCGCUGGGUUUGGCCGCAGGAUCCUGCCCUGUGGGACCCGUUGCCUCUGACAGAUGAGGAUCA